CCCGUCAGCCCGCCCACCCGCCUGGCGUCUUUGGCGCCCGCUCACUCGCGGGCCCGCGCCCGGGGCCUGCUACACCCGGAGCUGGGGCCGCCGCUCAGGGGCGCUCGGACCAGGGGCGCCGCUCCGGGUGAGCCGGCUGCGCCGCCGGGCUGGUUGCCCGCGUCCGCGUCCGGAAUGCCGUUCUACAGGCGCACGGUGGUGCCCCAGCGCCUAUGCCCGCGCAACCCGCCGCAGCCGCUCACCGAGCUCUGCGACGUGAGCCACCUGGCCGCGCUCAGCCUGCUCCGGCAGCUCGCCGACCUCUGCGGCCACUCGCUGGCUCUGCUCGAGGACCUCGAGGGGCACCUGCUGGCCCUGGGGCGCCGCACCGACAGCCUGUUCCGGCGCACUGUGCGCCUCCGCCGCCGCCUGCCCUGCCGCCUGCUCGGCCCGGAGGACGACGAGGGAGAGCUAGGUGCCUCCCAUUGGUCAAACCUAACCGGAAGCCAGAGGGCAAGGGAACCUGUUGAUGCAGUCCAUGCAGGUCAGCCUACGAGGGCACACAGCUGGGCGGGAAAGGGUGGAGAAGACCUGGUGGGGGAAAAUGGAAGAUAUCCAGCAGCACUGGAUACUUUUGUAGCUGGCUUUCUGACUUCCUCUAGAUCUCCACCAAAAUGUUACCUUCUCAGUGAAGCCUUCUCUGGCCACCAUUUCUAAAAUUUCAACCCCUGGCACCUGACGUCUUAUAUCCUCUUUCCACACUAUGUUUUUUUUUUUCAUGGCACGUAAUAGCACCUAACACAAUUUAUUUAUCCUGCUUAUCAUCUGCUCCCUGAGUGGAGC